UAACCAAUCUCUCUACUGCAGGGGCGCCGCCUGGCCUGCCUCUGCCGUCUCCUAAUCCACUGUUCCUCAGACUGCUCGAGAGCCUCGAGCCAUGCCGUGUGUCUUGAGUCCUCACGCUGUCACACUCCUUGGCAUGCGUCGACUCACCAAUCGCUUGGGCAGGCCAGAGCUCUCCGCUCCUCAUCUAAUUGUACAUUGUGAUCUGAAGCCAACUAACAUCCUUCUUGACGAUGAUAUGAAUGCUUAUUUGGGAGACUUCGGCAUUGCAAGGUUCAUCGAACAUUCAGGCUUAGUCACCUCAACUGGGCUGAAGGGAACAAUAGGGUACAAAGCUCCAGAGUAUGCUCAAAGUGUCCAUGCAUCAAUCCAUGGGGACGUUUACAGUUUCGAAAUAGUACACCUGGAGAUGCUCACUGGUAAAAAAACCGACAGACCCUAUGUUUGAGAAUGAAUUCAACAUGGUCAACUUUGUGGAGAGGAACUAUAAAGAUAAGAUACUACAUAUUAUUGAUGCAUGCUUGCUUGGAGAAUGUAACAGCUAUAUCCAAGCGAACACUGGAACAGAAAAUGCGGCAUAUGGAUGCCUGUUAUCACUCAUGCAACUGAUGCAAGUCGCUCUUUCCUGUACGUGUCAUAUCCCAAGGGAACGCAUGAACAUAAGAGAAGUAACCUAUAAGUUGCAUUCAAUCGGAACAUCAUACAUUAGAGCAACCAAGUGAGAGCAAGUCAUGCUUGCUAGAGUGGUUUACAAUGAGCUACGACCUCAUGUUACAGCAGGUUGAGUUUAUCCCUCAUAUUGAGUAUGUACAUUAGGCAUAGAUAAUAGAAGAAGUGAAACCAGCCGCUGCCCGUGGGACUGGCAGGUGUCUCCCACUGCGAGCCACCAGUUCAUGAUGCUCUUCCCCGACGCUGCGAGCUUUGGUCUAUGCACUCCGAGUGACGAGAUCACGUUGACCCUCAACAAGCUGAUCAUCAAUAUGAAUUUUUGUUUAAAAA